CGUCACUGGUAAGCGCCCCUCUGCAUCAAGGGAACGAUGGCUUUAGGGCCGCCACCUCGGCUGGUGUCACUAGCAGUUCGGUUGCUUCUGGUACCCCGACGGAACAUAGCGGCGCGCGGUUCCGACGAGCCCUUGCCGGUGGUGCGCAUUCCGCGGGCUCUGCAGCGACGGCAGCAACAGCGCGACCGUGGGAGUGUCCCACGGCCGGUGCUAGUGCGACCUGGUCCGCUGCUGGUCUCGGCGCGGCGGCCGGAGUUGAACCAGCCCGCGCGCCUCACGCUGGGUCGCUGGGAGUGCGCGCCACUGGCUUCGCGUGGCUGGAAGCAUCGGCGGUCGCGUACGGAUUAUUUUUCCAUAGAGCGAGUGCAGCAAGAGGCGCCCGCCCUGACGAACCUCUCGUCCCGUGGCAGCUUCGUGGACCUGGGUCUGGAACCCCGAGUGCUACACGCGCUUCAGGAGGCUGCGCCCGAAAUCGUUCGGCCAACCUCAGUGCAGUCGAAAACCAUCCCCCCGCUGCUUCGCGGCCGCCACAUCCUUUGCGCUGCCGAAACCGGUAGUGGGAAGACCCUCAGCUACCUUUUGCCCCUGUUUCAGCGUCUCCUGAGCCGGCCGGACCUGGAUUCCCGCAGUUCCGCAGCUCCCCGGGGCUUGGUUCUGGUACCUUCCCGAGAAUUAGCCGAACAGGUGCGGACUGUGGCCCAGUCAUUGGGUAGGUACUUGGGCCUGCAGGUGCUAGAGCUUGGAGGAGGCCUUGGCAGGGCCAAGCUCAAACUGCAGCUGUGUAGACAACCGUCAGCAGAUGUGCUUGUGGCCACUCCGGGGGCUCUGUGGAAGGCCCUGAAAAGUCAGCUUGUCAGCUUACAGCUUCUGUCCUUCGUAGUGCUGGAUGAAGCAGACACAUUGCUGGAUGAAAGCUUCCUGGAACUCGUGGACUACAUCUUGGGAAAGAGCCCUAUAGCAGAAAGUCCAGCUGAGUUAGAAGACCCCUUUAAUCCCAAAGCUCAGUUAGUGAUGGUGGGAGCCACGUUUCCAGAAGGUGUAAACCAAUUGCUGAGUAAAGUCACCAGCCCGGACUAUCUCACCACGGUCACCAGCUCCAAGCUCCACUGCAUCAUGCCUCAUGUCAGACAGACCUUUCUGAGACUAAAGGGAGCAGAGAAGGUGACAGAACUGGUUCAGAUCCUCAAACAGCGUGACAAAGCCAGCAAGGCAAAACCCUCAGGAACUGUCCUGGUGUUCUGCAACAGCUCCAGCACCGUGAACUGGUUGGGAUAUAUUCUGGAUGACCACAAAAUUCAACAUCUAAGGCUGCAAGGGCAAAUGCCAGCCUCAAUGAGAACAGGUAUCUUCCAGAGUUUCCAAAAGGGUUCCCAAGACGUACUUGUCUGCACAGACAUAGCCUCACGAGGUCUAGACAGCAUCCAUGUGGAACUGGUCGUCAAUUAUGAUUUCCCCCCUACUCUGCAAGAUUACAUCCACAGAGCAGGAAGGGUGGGUCGUGUGGGCAGUGAAGUGCCAGGGACCAUUAUCAAUUUUGUGACCCAUCCCUGGGAUGUGAGCCUGGUUCAGAAAAUUGAGCUGGCAGCUCGUCGAAGAAGAAGCCUUCCAGGACUAGCAUCUUCAGUGAAAGACCCUUUGCCUCAACAAGCCUAAUCUUUGGCUGGCUUACAUCUUGAUGCUAGAACAGGCAUCUCGCUGGGGGAACGGGAUUGAAUACAUUUGGAUCACUACACCACCCCUUGCCUCUCUGAAAACAUGAUGAACUGUUUGGAGACUUGAAAAAGUAAGCUACUGGCCAGAACUGGACACUGACAUAUUAAAAAAAUAAAGUGGGGGCUGGAGAGAUGGCUCAGAGGAUAAGAGCACUGACUGUUCUUCCAGAGGUCCUGAGUUCAAUUCCUAGCAACCACAUGGUGGCUCACAACCAUCUACAAUUCAGUCUGGCGUCCUCUUCUCGCAUGUAGGCAGAACACUGUGAUAAAUAAAUAAACCUUUACAAAAAAUAAAGUGGAUUUUGACUUUAUAUAAUACCAUGAUUUCAUUCUGCUUCUAAUUGUGUGUGUGUGUGUGUGUGUGUGUGUGUGUGUGUGUGUGUGUGUGUAGGUCAGAAGACAACUUUGUAAUCAGUUCUCUCUCCACCUUUCUGUGCUAGCUGAUUAAUGCUAGCACUGCAGGUUUGUGCCUCCACACCUAGCAAAUCAUGAUUUUGUGUGGACUUCCCUAACAGUAACCAACUUCUGAACAGAAUUUUCAACUGUGAAUGAACCUUCCAAUUAAGGUUCUGGAAGCCAAACCCUGGCCUUCUGCAAGUAUGCACUCUUCCCUACUGAGCCAUCUAUCCACACCCUGUGGGGUUUUUGUUGUUUCUCCUUGUCAUGGUUUUUUGGCAUAAUGACAGUUUAACCCAGGACUCAAGUUUGUUGGUCAAGUGUUCUACCGAUAAGCUACAUCUCAAACACUAUUGUUUGUUUUGAAAAGGGAAGUGAAAGGAUUGUCUGUAUUAUGUCACUGUCAUGAGUGUGUUUUCUGCUAAAUACAUUUCUACAAAAUAUCCUGCCAGUCCCACUUUGUAAGAUCACUGGCAAGAACUGUUUUUCCUUGCAGCACCUUUAACAUCCUCCCAGUGUACGACAAGUUUAAAUACAGUGACCUAUAACACAUAAAUAUGAUGAGCUUGUCAUGUUUCUGUAAGCUAGAAAUCUGGAGUGCAAGCAUGAACAACAUGAAGCCCCAGUGUUAUUGAAAAAAACACCGAUACUGGGCCAGUGAAAUGAUUAAAUGAUUAUUGCACCUGGCAUCAAGUCUCACAACCCAC